AUGAAGAACUACAUAUACCUAACUUGGUUUUUGUUUUUUGUUUUUCUCUUGUUAGUUUUUGCUUUCAAUGUGCAUGUUAUGGCACAAUGGCCUAAAGGAACAUCAACCAGGUUCUAUGAUUUCAAGGUGCAAACCAAAAGAAUUACUAAACUCUGCAACAGCAAGGACAUCGCGGUUGUAAACGGAAUGUUUCCUGGACCAGUUGUUUAUGCUCGAGAAGGUGAUAGAAUUGUUGUCAAUGUCACCAAUGAGACACCAUUCAAUAUCACAAUUCACUGGCAUGGUGUUAGGCAAAUACUAUCCUGCUGGUAUGAUGGACCUUCAUACGUUACUCAAUGUCCAAUUCAGUCGGGGCAGCGUUUUACCUAUGAAUUUACAAUGGUGAAGCAGAAGGGCACUUUUUUCUGGCAUGCCCAUGUUUCUUGGCUACGAGCAACUGUCCAUGGUGCCCUCAUUGUCUAUCCCAAAACUGGGGUACCAUACCCAUUUAAAACCCCUCAUGAAGAACAUAUCAUUAUACUAGGGGAAUAUUGGGUAAAGGAUGUUGUACAACUUGAGCGUGCCACCAUAGACAGCGGUGGAGCUCCUCCCCCCGCCGAUGCAUAUACCAUCAACGGCCAACCAGGUCCCAACUACAAUUGCUCUAAACAGGAUGUAGACAAAAUCGAUGUGGUCCCUGGGAAGACAUACUUGUUGAGGCUAAUACACGCAGGCCUAAACACACAGAACUUCUUUGCCAUAGCAAAUCACAAACUGACCAUUGUAGAAGCUGAUGCAGAGUACACAAAACCAUUCACCACGGACCGUGUCAUGCUCGGACCAGGUCAAACCAUGAACGUCCUUGUCAUUGCCAAUCAGCCAAUAGGAAGAUAUUCGAUGGCCAUGGGACCUUACAUGUCAGCAAAGGGUGUUCAAUUCCAAAAUAUCUCAUCCAUUUCCUACUUCCAAUACUUGAGCACUAAUCUUAAUAGCUUAUCUUUAACCCCAACAUUACCUAGUUUUAAUGAUAAUCUCGCGGUAAAAACCGUUAUGGAUGGACUAAGGAGCCUAAACCCGGUUAAUCUUUCAAAAGAAAUCGAUGCCAACCUUUUUGUCACUGUUGGAUUGAAUGUCCAAAAGUGUCAAUCCAAGACACCUAAACAAAACUGCCAAGGACUUAAUCAUGGGGUUAUGGCCGCAUCAAUGAACAACAUAAGCUUUGUUAAGCCUAAAAUCUCAGUGUUAGAAGCUUAUUAUAAGAAGAUUAAUGGAUCUUUCACAGAGGAUUUCCCUAAGGCGCCCCUUAACUUCUAUGACUUUGUUAAUGGGGCACCUAAUAAUAUUCCCAAUAACACUCAGUCAUUGAAUGGAACCAAGACCAUUGUCCUAGAAUAUGGAAGCAACGUUCGGCUCAUCUUUCAGGACACUGGGACUGUCUCUACUGAGAACCACCCAAUCCAUCUCCAUGGCUAUAGCUUCUAUGUUGUUGGAUAUGGCAGUGGGAACUAUGACCCAAAAACUGCAAAUUUCAACUUAGUGGAUCCGCCUUACAUGAACACGAUCGGAGUCCCAGUUGGAGGAUGGGCAGCUGUCCAAUUUGUUGCCGAUAAUCCUGGAGUUUGGUUCAUGCAUUGUCACCUUGAUAUACACCAGUCAUGGGGAUUAGGCACGGCAAUCAUUGUGAAGAAUGGCAAAGGAGAUCUUCAGACGCUUCCUCAACCGCCGGCUGACUUGCCAAGGUGCUAGGAUAUGCAGUUGAGUUCAA